AAACCUGGAUGUGGAGUGAUGGAGAGGAGGCAAGAGCUCUUCAAAUGAUCACGUAACCUGUAAGGCCAGGAAGAGAUCCACAACAACGAGAGAACGGAAGGGCAAGGUUUAAAAAACACAGAUGCAAAGAAGUGGCGCAUCAAGACAAACCAAAGCAGUUAAAGACCCAGACGAGCCUUUUCCCAGUGAGGAGAGAAUUCUGCCACGCAAGACAAACAGCCAAAGAUACUGACCAGACCACCCCAAAAAUAGGGUGUUGGCAGAGGGCUAAAGUCAGACGUGACAUGAGUGACAGCCAGUGUGACACAGAGAGCUCCGAUGAGCUUGAGCCAUGCUACCGAGCCAGAAGGCCAAAAACCUCACGUUCUUGCAAGGCUGGGCUGAUAUUCCCCGUGAGCCGCUUGGAUAGAUUCCUCCGGAGAGGAGACUAUGCAGAACGCAUUGGAUCAGGAGCAUCUGUUUACAUGGCUGCUGUGCUUCAGUAUCUGACAUACGAUAUUGUGGACAUUGCUGGGAACAUUGCUGCAAGUCACCACAGACGCCGAAUUUCCCCUGAACAUUUACAGCAAACCAUCAACAAUGAUUCUGAGCUUCGCUGUCUGUUUGGAGCGAUGUCUUUCCCCCAGGGGAAGUCUGAACGCAGGAGCCAAAUUGCCCCAUCUUCCAGGAGUGGCAAGAGCAAGAAAUCCAACAAAGCUAUAAGAGCCCCAAAGACUGUUGCUGCAUAAACAACAGUGCUUCUCUAUCUGCACUUGUAAUGAAGUUCUUAAUCUGC